AAAAAAUUUUAAUUGGCUUAGUAUAAAAUUAGGUUCUGGACACAUGCUUAGUAAUUCCACGUGAUAUUCAAACGAGGAGAACGCGAAGCGAUAAAAUGAGGAUGAAAAUUCGUUUGAUUAAUAUUUGUAUUAGACACAAAUGUACAGACGUGCAUAAUGUUACUCGAAGCCACAAAAAGACUCAAUGGAAAAAGUUGCGUGUGAAAAAUAUUAACAAUUUUGGUAUCAAUCAUCAGAAAGACUUAACCUCGAAAAGUAACAAUAACACAAACUCCGUUUAUAAUACACCAACAAUACCUAAUAAUUUUGAAGAUGGCUUCUGUAAACUGUUUACAAAAUCUGAAGGAGUAUCAAGCAAAUUGAAUAAUGUUCGAACAUUCAAAGAGUCUAAAAUGAUCGUGGACAAAGAUGUAAAUUCCAAAUUAGAAUCCAGGAAAAAGGAUAUAAAGACAAACAGUAUACAGACUCAGCAAUUGAAGGAGUCAGAACUUAAUAAAGAUGUUAAAUUAGAUGCUAAUCUGAACAAAAAUAAUGUUAGAGUUAAUGAAAUAAAUAUGCAGAUGUUGCCUGAAUCAUUGCAUGAAAAAUUAUUUAAGAAAGACAAUAAGCAGAAACAAUUGUCUGAGGAAGAAAUCAACAAUAUAAAAAGCCAUUUGGGUGUAUAUGACAUAAAAGUGGAGCAUGCAACUAAGUCACCGGAUGUAAACUUGAAAUUACCAAUUCUGGAAGGAAAAGAUAUAGAAGAACAUUUUUACAACAUUGGGAAAGCACAAGCUAAACCUUAUCUCAAAAUCAUAAACAAGAUAAUAAAAGAUAUUCCCAAGAUGCCAGAGCAAUGGCUCUUCAAAGAAGGAUGGACUAGAUAUACAGCUGAUGGUGCGGAAAAUGUAAAUUUUCCACUGGAAGAUGGUGUGAUUUUUGAUAUUGAGGUGUGUAUGAAACACGGUCCUUUACCUACUCUUGCCACUGCUGUCAGUGAUAAGGCUUGGUAUGGGUGGGUGUCAAAUUCCUUAGUGGAAGGCCGAAUUCCUUGGCCUUACAUGACGGAUAGUGGUCAGACAUUCGAUACACAAUUAUACAAAGAAAAUAUGCUUAUUCCUAUGGAAAGCACUAGAGAAGAGUAUGGACAGAAGUUGAAUCAGCACCAAAAGAAACCAAAGAUUGUUGUAGGUCACAAUGUAUCAUACGAUAGAAGUAGAAUUAAGGAGCAGUAUUGGAUGAAUUGUACAGGAACUCGUUUCCUUGAUACUAUGUCAUUACAUGUGUGUGUCAGUGGCUUAAACAGCUAUCAAAGGUCACUGUUAAUGUCCAAGAAAGAGGAUUCCGAGAAGGAUGAUUGGCAGUUUAAUACUUCUUUGAAUAAUUUGACAGAGGUGCAUAAGCUGUACUGCGGCUAUGAGAUAAGUAAACAGCCGAGAGACAUAUUUGUCGAAGGUACUCUCGAAGAUGUUAAGAAUGAUUUUAACAUGUUAAUGUCUUACUGUGCUUCCGAUGUUGUUGCCACUCACAAUGUACUGGUCAAUGUAUUUCCACUCUUCCAGGAGAGAUUCCCGCAUCCGGUUACUCUAGCUGGAAUGUUGGAACUUGGUUCUGCUUAUUUACCAGUGAAUUCCAAUUGGCAGAGAUAUCUGAAGGAAGCGGAGGGCACUUUUGACGAUCUGGAUUAUGAAGUUAAAUUCACUCUCGCUCAAAAAGCCAAAGCUGCUUGCCAACUUAUGCACGGCGAACAAUAUAAACAUGAUCUAUGGAUGUGGGAUCAAGACUGGAGUACACGAACGCUUAAGUUGAAGAAGAAACCAUCGAAGCCGACGUCCACUGAUUCAAAGACAAACGGCGAGCAAGAAGAGGAAGAUCCUUUGGCAAAGGAGUUCGCUUAUUUAGAAGAGACCAAAUAUUUGUUGCCGAGCAGGAUGCCCCACAUGCCGGGAUACCCAGCCUGGUACGGGAAACUCUGUCCCAAGCAUGGCGACAAAGAUUGGGCACCAGGUCCGCAUAAAAUCAGCACCUCCAUGAAAGUAGUUCCUAAGCUGCUGAGACUGACAUGGGAGAAAUACCCGCUACAUUACAUAAGGGAACACGGCUGGGGAAUCUUGGUACCUUACAACGACGAUCCCAAUAUUCAGACUAAAAUACCGUUGAAGAGUCUUCUGGCGUAUUGUCCUUUGCCAACGUCGAAUUAUGAAUUCAGGGAUACUUCCAACGACGCGAUGACCACUCUGAGCGCCGACGUGCAGAACGACCUCCAUAAGACCGAAUAUUGGCGAUUCAAAAAGAAUAAAAAAGCUAAAACAGAGCCAUAUGAGAAAGUGUACAACGGUAGCGCCACGUGGUGCAACGUCGAUAUCGACAAUUGCUGUUACUUUUUCAAAUUGCCGCAUAAGGACGGUAAAGGCAAAAAUGUCGGUAAUCCCUUGUCAAAAGACUUCCUCAACAAGUUCUCCGAGAACGUGCUGGCCGGCCUGGACUCGAGCGCGACCGAACUACUGAAGAACGCUCGUAUGUUGUCGUAUUGGCGGAACAAUCGCGACCGAAUCUUGUCUCAAUUGGUGAUCUGGUUGGACGACCGUUCGCUACCUAGUGCAGUCACAAAGUUCAAGAGACGUACGGCGCGUUACGGCACGAUAAUACCACAGGUGGUGGUCUCCGGCACGUUGACGCGACGCGCCGUCGAGCGUACGUGGAUGACGGCAUCGAACGCUUCCCCGGAGCGCAUCGGUUCCGAGCUGCGGUCGAUGGUGCAAGCGCCGCCGGGUUACAACAUCGUCGGCGCGGAUGUGGACAGUCAGGAAUUGUGGAUCGCCUCGAUGCUCGGCGACGCUCAUCAUAGCGGGAGUAUUCACGGCGCCACACCGUUUGGGUGGAUGACUUUGAUCGGUACCAAGUCCAAUGGCACCGAUAUGCACAGCGUUACCGCCAAAGCCGUCGGCAUUUCCCGCGACCACGCCAAGGUCAUCAAUUACGCCAGGAUCUACGGCGCCGGCCAGAAGUUCGCCGAGCAACUGCUGAAGCAGUUCAAUCCGUCUAUGACGGACGCCGAGGCAGCCGCCAAGUCGCGUAAGAUGUUCACUCUCACCAAGGGCAAGAAAGUGUUCAGACUGAAGGCCGAGUUCGUCAACGACAACAUAGAGGAUAUACCUUAUACCUCUUUCCAGGCAUAUCAAAUAGCAAAGUUGUACGGCAAAACGUUGCAGGAGAUGUUCCAGAGGAGCGAAUGGGUUGGCGGCUCGGAAUCGGCCAUGUUCAAUCGGCUAGAGGAAAUCGCCAGUAGUGAGCGCCCGGUCACGCCGUUUCUCAACUCCCGACUGAGCCGUGCGCUGGAGGUUACUAAUACUGAUAACGACGACAAUUUCCUACCUACGAAGAUCAAUUGGGUGGUGCAGAGCGGCGCGGUCGACUUCCUUCAUCUGAUGUUGGUUUCCAUGAGAUGGCUGAUGCGGGACAACGCAAGAUUUUGCCUGUCGUUCCACGACGAAGUGCGCUAUCUGGUCCCAUCUAGAUACAAGUACAACGCUGCACUCGCCAUGCACGUGACCAACCUACUAACGAGAUCAUUCUGCGCCUCAAAAGUCGGCAUGAGGGAUCUGCCGAUGUCGGUGGCGUUCUUCACCUCCGUGGAAGUUGAUACCGUUCUGCGCAAAGAGGCCGCUCACGACUGUAAAACCCCGUCAAAUCAGCACGGGCUGCAAAACGGAUAUGACAUACCGCCCGGCGAGAGUCUAGACGUGUGGACCGCUUUGGAGAAGUCCGCUGGCUCCUUAGGAUGGUGGCAUGACGCGAAAGAUCGCAAAAUUAAGACAGCGGAUUCGACCGCGGAGAAAUCCGCUUAAAAUCGUGUCGCUUCACGUUCAUCGAAAAUCAUC